AUGGCUUGUUCGACUGCUGACUGUAUGAUUUCAUGUCUUUUGCCAUCCCGAUACCAAAGUCCGAUAGACUGGCUUUCUUGUACUAGCCAGGUACCACGUGAAAAGAUAAGGCCAAAUAUACUAGGUGUACGAAUUGGAAAGACUCUCAUUUCAAGCCCUUCAAGCUUCCCCUUGAUAACUACCGAGUCCAAGUCAAAUCAUCAAUCAAAUAACGCUCGUACCAACUCUUAUUGA